UUCUUUCAGUUUCCUCGUGUUCCGUCGUUCGCCAUCCGCUUUCUGACUGAAAUCCUUGUUGUACCAACACUAGCAUCUCUAAGAGCAAAAACGAGAGGAGGAAGAUGAGCUGGUAUCGACCGCCGUACUGGAAACGCGGCGAUGUGGAGGAGGGCAGCGAGACUAGGCCGCUUUACCCGAUGAUGCUUGAGAGGCCGGAGCUGCGGUGGGCGUUUGUGCGUAAGAUCUACACAAUUGUUUCCAUCCAGUUGCUGCUCACCAUCGCAGUCUCCUCCCUUGUCGUCUUCGUCAAGCCCAUCUCUUAUUUCUUUGUCUCAUCAGGCGCCGGACUUGGACUCUACAUUUUCCUCAUAAUUUUACCUUUCAUCUUGAUGUGGCCUCUGUACAACUACUACCAGCGCCAUCCGAUAAACCUUCUUUUACUCGGCCUUUUCACUGUAUCCAUCAGCUUUGCUGUGGGACUAACUUGUGCCUUUACAAGUGGGAAGGUGAUUCUGGAGGCUGCUUUUCUUACCGCCGUGGUUGUUGUCAGCCUCACACUCUACACCUUCUGGGCAGCCAAGAAUGGUCAUGACUUUAGCUUCCUUGGACCAUUCUUGUUUUGUGCAGUGAUAAUUUUGAUGAUGUUCGGUAUAAUCCAGCUUUUCUUCCCAAUGGGAAAGAUCUCACAUAUGAUCUAUGGUGGCCUGGCUUCUCUUGUCUUCUGUGGAUAUAUAAUAUUUGACACUGAUAAUCUGAUCAAGCGAUAUGGUUAUGAUGAGUAUAUUUGGGCUGCUGUGGCGCUGUAUCUUGACAUCAUUAAUCUGUUCCUCUCCCUGCUUAAUCUGUUCAGGGCUGCUGAUAAUUGAAGCAGUUGUAGGUGCGACAUCAUACUUGGUUUGAAUUUAUGGUUCUUUUUGCUGCCAUUUGCUUUUAUUCAACUAUGUUUUAUACAAUUUAAAGUGUAUAUCCUUUUUUUAAUUGUAAUAGAAGCUGUUGAGAAUAUUUAAAUUUAUGUAAGGUAGAUAAGUACUUGUUAAAGGUUUGAUUUUGUGGUCAAAUUGAACAGAAUAAUCUGAUUAAGAGCUUAAAUAAAUGAAGAGGCCAUUGAAUGAUGUA